GCUGCGUAUGUGAAUGUAUACAGCUGUGUGUAAGUGCGUGUAUGCGUCAGUGUAGUGCUACUGUGUAUGCGUAACUGUGUGUGUGUCGUCGUCGUGUUGGCCACGAAGAUUUGCCAAUGACAACUUGUUUUAACUGAGCUUCACUAUGUCACCUUAUUAUUGUAUAGGCCUAUGGAGCAGAUAAACACCUCAACACAGCAACAAUGCCAGCAGAUGACAGAUAAUGACGAGAAGACACUGAGGAAAGUCACUACUCAUCUCUACAUUGCUCAGCUGCUUUUUUCAUCCCUGGAUUUCACUACUGGAGUUACACUUUGCUGCGUUUUUCAUCUCUGGAACCUACCACUGGACUUCUGAACUAUCUGCAUUUGUAAUGGAGAUUCAGAGAUGAUGUCAGUUUUAUCGGCAGAGAAAGCAUCUCAGAUGCUUUACCAAGAUCUCUGCAACUUUCUCGACACAGACCUUAAGGUGGGUUUAUCACACGAAGAAGCAGCCAGUCGCAGGAAGGUUCACGGCUUUAAUGAAUUUGAAAUCAGCAAAGAAGAGCCAUUAUGGCGGAAGUACCUUGGACAGUUCAACAAUCCUUUAAUAUUGCUGCUUCUUGCAUCUGCAGUGGUAAGUGCAGUGAUGCGACAGUUUGAUGAUGCUGUUAGCAUCACAAUAGCCAUUAUUAUAGUUGUGACUGUUGGGUUUGUGCAGGAGUAUCGAUCUGAAAAAUCUCUGGAAGCUCUUACCAAACUUGUUCCACCAAAUUGUCAUUGUCUUCGCAAUGGUAACGUAGAGACUUUUUAUGCCCGAGAUCUUGUGCCUGGCGAUGUUGUCUACCUCAGCAUUGGAGACAGGGUACCAGCAGACAUCCGUCUUUGUGAGGCUGUUGACCUUGCAAUUGAUGAAUCUAGCUUUACUGGCGAGACCCAACCCAUAGCCAAAAUAACAGCAGCUCAACACAAUGAAGGAUCAAAUGGAGUUUCAAAAUUGAAAUGUGUAGCUUUCAUGGGGACUCUGGUGCGCUGUGGCAAUGGCAAGGGUGUAGUUUUUGGUACUGGAGAGAAUUCUGAAUUUGGAGAGAUUUUUAAAAUGAUGCAAGAGGAGGAGGCACCCAAAACCCCACUCCAGAGAAGCAUGGACAUUCUGGGCAAGCAGCUGUCCUUCUACUCAUUCUGUAUCAUUGGUGUGAUUAUGUUAUUGGGAUACAUACAAGGUCGCCGCUUGCUUGAUAUGUUUACAAUUGGAGUCAGUUUGGCAGUUGCAGCUAUCCCUGAAGGUCUUCCUAUCGUUGUCACUGUUACCCUUGCUUUAGGGGUGAUGCGCAUGGCAAAACGCAAAGCCAUUGUUAAGAAGUUGCCCAUCGUAGAAACACUUGGUUGUGUUAAUGUGAUAUUUUCUGAUAAAACUGGGACACUUACUAAGAAUGAGAUGACUGUUACCCAGGUGUUUACUGCAGAUGGUCAACAUGCUGAUGUAAGUGGUGUCGGUUACAAUGGUGAUGGUGAUGUGACGUCUCAUGGAGAUAUCGUCAGAGAAUAUUCCAACAACUCUUUUUACAAGAUAGCUGAGGUGUCCUGUUUAUGUAACAAUGCAGAGAUUACAUUGAAUGGUCUCCAUGGUCAACCAACAGAAGGAGCACUUAUUGCUUUUGCUCUCAAGAUGAACCUCUAUGAUAUCAAACAACAGUUUAUACGGAUUCAAGAGAUUCCUUUCAACUCCGAUGCCAAGUUUAUGGCUGUCAAAUGUGUCUCCAAGUAUAACAAGUCUGAUGAAGGAAUUUACUAUGUGAAAGGUGCUCUUGAAAGGGUGCUUCAGAUGUGUACCAAAUUUUACAGCCAUGGGUCUGUGUUGUUACUGCAGGAGAAAUAUGUUUUAGAUUGUUAUAGCCAAGCUGCCAGGAUGGGUACUUGUGGUCUGAGAGUUCUUGCAAUGGCCUAUGGCACCGACUUAAGAGAGUUGGUGUUUGUGGGUUUAGUUGGCAUCAUCGACCCUCCCAGACCCGGAGUGCGUGACGCCAUCCUGCAGCUAAUGAGAGGAGGCGUAAAAGUAAAGAUGUUAACGGGAGAUUCAGAAGAAACGGCGCGAGCAAUUGGGGCUCGAUUAGGUUUAUACUCAGUAGGAGCUGGUUCCCUGUCUGGAGACGACAUUGAUAGCAUGGAUGUGAAACAGUUGCAGAAAAUUAUUAGUAAUGUUUCCAUAUUCUACCGUACGAGUCCUCGACACAAGAAUAUCAUCAUCAAGGCAACACAGAACACAGGAGCAAUAGUUGGAAUGACAGGGGAUGGUGUCAAUGAUGCAGUGGCCCUGAAAGGGGCAGAUAUUGGAAUUUCUAUGGGGAAAUCAGGAACUGAUGUCUCUAAAGAAGCUGCAGAUAUGAUUUUAGUUGAUGAUGAUUUUUCCAUCAUUCUGUCAGCUAUUGAAGAAGGAAAAGCAAUCUUCCAUAAUAUACGUAACUUUGUCCAGUUCCAGUUAAGCACGAGUAUUGCUGCUUUGUCAUUAAUCACACUCUCAACGUUGAUGAAACUUCCUAAUCCUCUUAAUGCAAUGCAGAUAUUGUGGAUUAAUAUUCUGAUGGAUGGACCACCUGCUCAAAGUCUUGGAGUGGAACCUGUGGAUCCAGACGUAAUUAGACAACCUCCACGUAAAGUCAAAGACACAAUAAUCACAAAGAGUUUACUCAUUUAUAUUUUAUUUUCAUCGUUCAUUAUAGUUUCAGGAACGUUGUGGGUUUUCUGGAAAGAGUUGAGUGACAAUAAAAUCACCCCUAGGGACACAACAAUGACUUUCACCUGUUUUGUAUUGUUUGACAUGUUCAAUGCACUUGGCUGUCGUUCACAGACCAAAUCAAUAUUUCAAAUUGGACUUUUUACCAAUCGUAUGUUUUUGAUAGCUGUGGGUGGGUCUCUUGUCGGUCAGUUAUUGGUCAUUUACUUUCCACCUCUCCAGGCUGUCUUUCAGACAGAAGCAUUAUACAUUAAUGAUUUUAUUUUCCUCAUUUGUCUAACAUCUUCAGUAUUUGUGAUGUCAGAGAGCAGAAAGCUUAUAGGAUCAAUGUGGGAAAAGAGGAAAAAAGAAAUAUAUUUUGCAGAUAAUAUUGUAUAGUGACAUUUUUUCUAAUUUGUACAUAAAUUAUGGAUGUUUUGAUAUCAACAGAAACUACAAUUAAAUUAAUUUACAUUGCAAAAAAAUUCAUCAAAUUUUCUUUCCAUCUUUUAUUUAUUUUUUUUUUCUCUCCUGUCAAGCUAUUCUAUAAUAGACUCUAUGAUAUUUUGGACAUGUUCUUUACAUUUGAGACCCAGUUCUGAGAAUUCAGACAAACCUUGCAGUGAGUCUUGCAAGUUAGGUAACAUAUUGGCAUUCUUAAGAAUGACUUUUGCCUGGAAAUAGAAAAACAAAAAAAAAAAAACAAUAAGAAACUAUCACAAAAGUGUUGGAUUUUGGAAAUUAAAUGAAAUUUAACCCCUUUUGGGACUAUAUUUCCAAGGAAAUACACCAUGUAUGUUUCAAUUAAUUUGAAAAAUCAAGAAUGGGGGAGGGGACGGAUUUAGUAAAACAACUUCAUUACAAAGCUGGUGUUUGGAAAAUAAACUAAUCAAAGGUUCUUGCAUAAAAUUACGAUUGGACAAUUUAUAUAUGAAAUGCUUUAAAAAACAAGAUGGGUUUUGAAUGAACAGAACCAUCUCAGGCAGGUUAGUAUCAAAAGCGUAUGGAAAUAAGAGAGGACAACACACGCUGUGUAAUUUUACCUUUUGAUUAUUGUAAACUAGUGCUGAUAAUGUGGUAGCUGCAAUCACUUUCAAUAUCUCUUCUUCGCUCGCCAAGCAUUUAAGCAAAACUGGAAUUAGCUGAUCUGCAAGGAAAUAAAGAAUAUUUUUAAUUAGUUAUCUUCUCAUUAAAAAAAA